CGCAGGAGCCGUCACUGCGUGACAAACUGAAACGUCGCCUAGCCAACAUUUUCCGCAAAAAGCCUGGAAAGAAGUUUAACGUCCUUAUAGUCGGCAUGCCCGGCUCAGGAAAAUCAUCCUUCAUCAACUCGAUGAGUAUGGCCGUCACUGGGACUUGGCACGAAAUCGCACACUACAGCCAAAGCGACAGUAGUGUGACAAAGUGUCUGGAGAGAUAUAUCAUGUUUGAUGAAAACUGCCAUGAGGUACACGAACCACACCCAAUUCCAGACUACAACAAUAAUAUCAUCUUUUGGGAUUGUGCCGGUUUUCCUGAUGCCACCGAAGAAGCGUACUCUACAAUCGUCUACCUGACACUUGACGGACGUAUCCCAUCAGGCACCAAUAUCAUCGAUUGCAUGGAUCAAACCCCAGAUGAGCUCAGAAGUAAAUUCAGAAGUCGAGUAGAUCACCAAAUGACGUUUGACCGGGUUGUCUUCAUCUUGUCAGCAGACAAGGUCGUUCCCAACAAUCUGGUGGAAGCUAUCAAGUCAGGAGCACAGCAAGGCCACGAUGUACCGAUCAUGGUGGUGGUGACCAAGGAGGACAAGUGUCCCAAUCGCCUCCAUCUACAGAAACGUAUUGAAGAAGCCCUUGCCGCCUUCAAACUCACCGGAAACCAAGUGCGAUUCAAGAUCACUUCGCUGUACUGUGAGGAGCUUACUCCGUGGCCUGAUCGAAACGACUACCGUGUCAUGAAGCCAAAUGCAGAUAUCGACAAAAACUUACUGACCAUUUGGAUGAGUCUGACUGAUCCGAAUAUAAAGGCGAAACCGGCUCCACCUCCGCCAACACCUCAACCUCAACCUAAGUCAUCGUGCGUUCUCUCGUAAAUAAAGAAAGAAGGGAUUUUGCAAGAAGUCAAGAACAGCUUUCAUGCAUGUAUUUGGCAUUUCUGUGAAUAAGACUGUUAACAACCACACAGCUACUCACUGGGUAUUAAUGACUGUACGUCUUGCAUUCAGAAGUGCGAGGCUUCAAACCUUGGCCAUACCAAAUGUUUGAAAUAUUUUACAUACUGCAGCACUUUUUAGAGACACUCUACUACCAGUUGACUAACCGCUACUAUGUUGCCUGUGUGACCAAAGGGGUGUAGAAACGGAUAUUUGUUUUCAUUUCCUCCUUAUAUUGGAAUAUUCUUUAUACUUGGGUACCAGAUAGAACGAGGUUUCUAAGUUAGCCAACUGUCGAUCAAGUGUGACCGCCCGGUCGCAAGGCCACCGCGGCCCGCCCGCUUGUGUACCUCUGCACGGUGCUGUCGCUUGUCGUCAGUUCUCGAGCUAGUCGUAUGGUCUGUUAUCUUGUAUAAAUACAUACCGAAGUACGCGUUUUAUGUUCUUUACUACCCUGGACAACUGCUCGAAGUGAGGCGGUUUAAAACUAACGUUUAAGACUUAGUGUCUUUGUACAAAUCCUAACGUACAACACAUAAACCUUGAACGGCAAGCAGAACCAACUGCAUUGUUAACCAUUGAAGGGCUUCUUUGGUUAUUCUGUAGGUUUUUGUUUCUAUAUUUUUUGUGAACUGUACCAUACCAUAAUGUGAAAGUGUGAUAAAUACAACACGGUGUACAUGUAUCCCGUAUCACACUCGAGGUACCAGCCCGGCGUUACUGUGUCAAAAUACCCCUGUCACAUUAUAUACGGUCGGCCAAUUUUAAUUAUUUAAAUAGAGAAGUUUAUUUGCAAGUUCGUGCCCGAGGGCUAAUUGCAAGUACAUGGUA